AUGUCAGGCGUGAGUGCCAUCGACUCUCGGGUCUUCCGAAAUCUCUUUGGGACGGACCAGAUCCGGAAGGUAUUCAGCGACACGGCCUAUCUCGAAAGAUGCGUCGAGGUGGAGAUAGCGCUCGCGAAAGCUCAAGCAAGGGCGAAUGUCAUUCCGCACGACGCCGCAGAGCAGAUAGCGAGCAAGGCAUUGGCCUCGUCGCUUGACCUCGGCCGUCUCAGUGACGAAACCGAAAUUGUAGGGUACCCGAUCCUUCCCUUAGUGCGACAAGUCUCUGCCAUGUGUGGGGAGUACGCGGGCAAAUACCUACACUGGGGAGCCACGACGCAAGAUAUCAUGGACACCGCGUCCAUAUUGCAGAUCCAAUCGGGCUUGUCCAUCGUCGAAAGCAAACUUGGCGAGGUGAUCAAGGCCACUGAGAGUCUCGCCGAGAGAUACAAAGCAACGCCGAUGGCAGGCCGAACCCACUUGCAGCAUGCACUCCCGGUGACGUUUGGUUACAAAUGCGCCGUUUGGCUUUCCAGCCUCUAUCGACACCGCGAGAGGCUCGAGCAGCUGCGGUCCCGCGCCUUGAUGGUGCAGUAUGGCGGUGCGGCAGGCACCCUAGCUUCGCUGGGAGCCGGAGAAGCAGGAUUACUUGUUCGAAAGGAGCUGGCCAACGAGCUUGGUCUGGUGAAUCCUCCCAUCUCAUGGCACGUCGCAAGAGAUGGUGUUGCAGAGACACUCAAUCUACUUGCAUUGAUUGGCGGAAGCAUUGGGAAAAUUGCGCUCGACCUCAUGAUUAUGUGCUCGAACGAAUUUGCAGAGGUCGCAGAACCAUUCGUGCCUCACCGAGGGGCAUCGUCAACCAUGCCACAGAAACGGAAUCCCAUCUCCAGCGAGUUGAUGCUGGCGGCGUCGAAGGUCUUGAGAUCAAAUGCGAGCUUGGGGCUGGACGCAAUGAUCUCGGACUUUGAGCGAGCUUCCGGGCCCUGGCAUCUGGAAUGGGUGGCCGUUCCCGAAAGCUUUACCGUGGCAGUUGGAGCUCUGCACCAGGCAGCAUUCGCCCUGUCUGGCCUCGUUGUCGAUGACAAGCAGAUGUUGGCAAACCUGAAUUCUACUGGGGGCCUCAUAGUCGGAGAGGCCGUCAUGAUGGGACUGGCACCACAUAUAGGCCGACAGAAGGCCCACGACACUGUAUACAAGGCAUGUCAGGAAGCCGUUGAGAACAGAGUGUCCUUGCUUGAGGCUUUGUGCCAGAGCCAAGAUAUUGUUGAUGCAUUGGGCAUGGACGAGCUGAAGAAACUGUGCGAUCCAGUCAACUACCUAGGAUCCUCGACUCGCAUGGUCGAUGAUGUCCUGGCGCUGAGAAAGUAA